AUGAAGACCUUUCUCCUUUUCCUGUGUUCCACUCUUGCUGUAGCCAUUACUCAACGGAAACUAACGGACUCUGAAAACCAGGCUGUUCUUGAUAAAUUCAAUGAAGUCCGAAGAAGAGUGGCCAAUGGAGAAGCGAAGAAUAAGGCCGGAGACUCUCUGCCCACCGCCGCCAAUAUCCAGCAGAUUGUAAGUGUAACAAGAUGACUGUUUAUUACAUUUACAGAAUGCCGAUUCUUCACUCGAGGACUCGGCCUUCUCCUGGGUGUCCUCUUGUAGUUAUGGAUAUCCGAACGGAUCAAACCAAUUGAACGCAGCGAUCAGCGGACUCUCGGAUGACUACGCGGCUACUAUCAGCACAGCCAUCGAGCAGUGGUACAAUGUGAGUCAGAGUUACUCUGGAGAUGUCAGCAACUUCCAAGCCUCGGAUGCCUCUGUCUUUACUACGGUAUGUCAAGAUCUUCAAAGAUGUAUUUCUUUAGCUUAUCUGGGAUACCAACAACAUAACUGGAUGUGCUGUUGCGUUGUGCAGCGAUUUGGAGAAUGUUGGAAGCAACUAUUCUUUCGUUGCAUGCAACUUCAACGCCGGCUCCAACUUCGUUGGAAAACCCAUCUACAAAAAGGGCAAACCCUGUGAUUCCUGUGCUUAUGGCUACCGUUGUAACGACUCUCUUUGCUAUCUUGACCCUCAACUCCCAGCUAGAACUCCAGGCUGGUUAACAAUCGGAGAACGACAGACUGUUUUGGACACGCUGAAUGGCCACAGAAGAGACUUGGCCGUGGGAAAUCUGACUGAUGGAAAUAAAAACAAACUCCCAACAGGCACUGACAUCUUGGAGAUCGUAUACGACAUUGAUCUGCAAAGCAUUGCGGUCAACAACUUCACCGAAUGCACCAGUGGAUUCGGUGAUUUGGACGAUUACAAUGUGCUCAGUAUCAUGAUGACAGGAGUGGAGACACCGGAUGGAGUAAGUUGAGGGCUGUUUUGUUGGGUUCUCACCCAAGUUUUGCUACCUCUUGUCUUUACUUUUGACUAUAAGGGACUCUUUCAGCAAGAAUAUAACAGGGCCUUCUCCGCCGCGAUCAACAGCUGGUGGAAACCCACCAGCUACACGGACUCGAUCAGUGACUACCAAGGAUCGGACAGUAACUUUGCCAAACUGGCCUGGGCCAAGGUCUCCAGAAUCGGAUGCAAUCGGGAGAUCUGUCUCUUCGAACAGCAGAACAUCAAUGUGACCAAGGUUGUCUGUGUUUUGGGAGAGGAGAAGGGGGCCAUCACUGGGAAGCCCGUCUAUUCUAGCGGACCCACUUGUUCCAGCUGCCCCAGUGGAUACGCCUGCAGCAACUCGUUGUGUGCGUUGUCCCCGUCUUUGUGCAGCUUGUAA